AUGAACCGUGGAUAUAUAGAAAAUAAUAAUGUCCCACACGACAAUAAUCAAAUGGUUUUGGAUAUGAUUCUUUGUUCUUUACUUGGAGUUCCUCAGCCUGUCAACUGGGAAAAUGUGGCAAGAUUGGUUCCAGGGUAUUCAUCCAAAGAGUGUGCAAAAAGGUUUGAUGAGCUGAAAAGCAAUGGAAGUUCUCCAGUAGAUAACCAGUUCAAUCCACUAAUGGCUAGUGGUUUGAAACCUGUAGAAACACUAGCUGGUUAUAUUAAAUCAUCACUUCUUGAUGCUCAGGAUGAGUUACAAGAACCCUCUUGUGAAAAUGAUGCAAUUUCUUUAAAUGGAAAGUCAAGUAUAGCUUCCUCAAGGAAUUGCUCUUCAGAAAGUGAGAAAUGCCCUGCACUUAAAGGUGGAGAAAAUGCUGAUGAAACUGAAGGGCCAAAUAUGGUGAUCCAUGUGUGUGAUGAAGCAAAAAAUCUGAAGGAAGAUUUUGUUUGUCCACGUGAUCUAUUGAUUUCUGAAAUGAAGUACUUUGCUGAAUAUCUAUCAAUGGAUGCCCAACGCUGGGAAGAAGUGGACAUUUCAGUUCACUGUGACGUUCACAUCUUUAACUGGUUGAUAAGAUAUGUUAAAAGGAACACUAAGGAAUAUGAGGUUGAUGAAAUACCCACCUUAGAACCAAGCAAUGUCAUUUCAAUACUUAUUUCCUCUGAAUUCCUGAAGAUGGACUCUUUAGUAGAAAAAUGUAUUAAUUAUUGCCACAAGAAUAUGAGUACAAUUGUAGCUACGCCAUGCAAUAUGAACUGCAUUAAUGCUAACCUACUAACCCGCAUAACUGAUCUUUUCACACAUAAUGAAGUAGAAGAGGUGAAGGACAAGAGAGAUAAAUUUAAGAGCAAACUUUUCUGUAAGAAGAUAGAAAGACUGUUUGAUCCAAAGUAUCAGAAUGCAGAUUCUAAGGGAAACGCUGCAACCCUUUACAGGUGUUACUUAUGUAAGAAACUUCUUAUUAAGGAUACUGAAAGAAAAAUUCCAUGUAUUCCUGGAAAGAUUAAUGUGGAUCAGUAUGGAAAUAUACUCUAUAUUCACAUAAGAGAUAAAUCUUGGGACCUCCAUGAGUAUCUCCUGAGUCUUUUUGAAGAAUUAAAAUCAUGGCGAGAUGUAUACUGGCGUCUUUGGGGAACUAUUAAUUGGUUGACCUGUUCAAGGUGUAAUCAAACUUUCCUGUGCACUGAGUUUUCACAUUGCCAAUAUCAUCCUCAGCCAGUUCUCUAUCCUGGUGUAGCAAGUUCACUUGGUUCCACUGGUACCGGAAUGUAUCCCUGCUGUAACCAAAAAGCUCUUAGGUUUGAUCCUGCUCCUAUUCCAAAAGGAUGUAAAGUAAGAGAUCAUGUGAUUGGCUUGCCUCCUGGAGGUGAAGGUGGGGAUAAUGUGCCCUACCAGACAGCUAAAAUACUGAAUGAUCUGAUUCAUCACCGAAAUAUUAUUGUUCUGCCCUUUUCAAAAGACCAGAACAGCAAUUCUGGAAUAGGGCUGAAUGAUGAGAAGGGUUUUGAAUGUGAUAUUUUAUUGGAGCCAAAUUCAUCAUGGGGGCCCAAAGCAGGAGAAAUAAAUACUUUCCUUUCUCUGAAAAACUGGACUCUUCAGCUGAAACAACAAUUGCUGCUUUCAGAAGAUGAUGAAUACACAACUGGGUCUGAAGUCACAGAGGAUGAAGUAGGUGAUGAAGAAGAAGUGUCCAGGAAAACAGGGAGAAAAGAGAGGCCAAAAAAAAAUAUCAGAAAUCCAAAAAAGCAAGUAUCUUCACCUAAUAUUCAAAAGAAGGAAAAAACAUUGGAGAAGCCUAACUCUCGAGACACAUCUCCCUUUAUAAUGAGUAUGCAGCAGAGUAAGUGGGAUCCUUCUAGAUCACUAAGAUUCAAUCAAGAUGCUCAAAGGGAAGAAGAUCAGCGGCGAAUGAUUGAGAUAACAGGACAUCUAAUAAAAAUGAGGUUGGGGGAUCUUGAUCGCCUAAAAUCAAAAGAAAACAAAGAAUCUGCAGCUGGAAUUUAUGCAAGACUUGAAGCUCAGAUCAGAGCAGCAGCACAAGUCAAUAUUCGUCAGAAUAUUCCUGAAAAAAUUAUAAGGACAAAAGCUCGGUUUGGUCAAAGCCGUCCAACUUAAAAACAAAACCCAGAGAUUUUCUGUGCUGAAGCCAAAGCUGUCAUGGUUCCGACAGAUGAAACUCUGCUAACAUCGGAUGUUUUGCAUUGACAAAAGCACUUUUCUGCCUUCUGCAACUGCACAGGAUUCCAGAAUCUGGGCAUGCUUCUUCCGAAAGAUUUCAGUGACUGACAUUACCGUCUGCCAUGUUAAUUAUUCUGUUUUAAUGAAUUAAUACCAAAUUUACAUCUGUAGUAAGUUGUAAAUACACCAUUUUCUCUUAAGCAAUGGUGCAUUUAUAAGCCUGCAAAACAAAUGUAAAACCCUUAUUUGAAUGAGGGUGGAAAAAGUGGUGCUAAUGAAAUUAAGAAUUUCAUAUUUUGCUAUCAAUUUUUAGUAAUGGUCAAAUCUGGCCCUUUUAUAUAUUUAGUGCUUUAUCUGGCAACAAUAUUAACUUUUAAUGAUUUAGUUGUGUAAAAAUAAGACGGAAAUGCCUGUUAAAAAUCUUGAUCUUAUUCCUGUUCUGCCAGUAAGUUUUCCUCUCUACAGUGUUAUCUCUCAGUGAGACAGAAUGCAUGUUAAUAGAUGCUUCCUCACCAAACUUCCUUUCUUCAAUACUUAAAUAAAAAAUA